CUUACAUAGUCAUAAUCAUUAUAUAAAUCUCUAGUAGCUAGAUCUAGAAUAGAAUAUGUGCUAGAUUUUGUGUUACAAAAUGCAAAUCUUAAAUUAUUCAUUCUGAGACUAUCUGACUAUCUCAAUCUCGAUCCUUAAUGACUAGACUAUAACAUUACAAGAAUGCAUUCAACUAUGUUGUGCAUUAGAUCAAUUCGCUAUCAUACCAACAAAAUUCAUGGGCUUGGACUUAUAGAUCUAGUUCAUUAUGGUCUGCCCAUUAAUCUUACCACUUACACAUUAUGUAAAUUACCUUUGUUACAAAUGAAUCGUCAACUGCACAGUCUGCAUUGUAACUAUUUACAAUGUACAAUCAAAUUGAAAACUGUGCCAUUGGAACUGAAAAACAAAGGCUUACUAAGACAGAACCCUGGAAAAAACUUCAUUUUUUUUGCUACAAGAAACACUCAUGAUCAAAGUGCAUUAACAAGUAUUAAAUCUCAUACAGGCAGUGAAAAUCUAAAAUAUUUCAUAAAGCCUGAAUUAUCACUUUCUAAGGCUGCUGUGAUUGAUGGUAAAGCAAUAGCGCAAGUCAUAAAAGAUGAAAUAAAAACAGAAGUUUCAUCACUUGUUGCUGAUGGUAAAAGAGCACCUCACCUCUCUGUUCUCCUUGUAGGAAACAAUCCAGCCAGCAUCAUAUAUGUCAGAAACAAAGCUCUGGCUGCACAGUACACUGGAAUCUCUUGUGAUAUACUUCGCAUACCAGAAAAUGUGAGUGAAGGAGAAGUGCUGAAGGAAAUAGAAGCUCUCAACAGACUGCCUGAGGUGGAUGGAAUACUGGUACAGCUUCCUCUGCCUCCAAACAUGAGUGAAAGAACUGUCUGUGAUGCUGUGCUGCCUGGCAAAGAUGUGGAUGGCUUUAAUGUACUUAAUGUUGGCAGAUUCUGUGUCAACCAGGAAGCAUUUAUUCCUGCCACACCUUCUGGAGUUCUGGAAAUCUUAAAGAGGUUAAACAUUAACACAUUGGGAAAGAAUGCUGUUGUAUGUGGUCGUUCUAAAAAUGUUGGUCUUCCAAUAGCUCUACAUCUUCAUGCAAGUCAGAAUAAAGGCUCCACUAUUGGGGAUGCUACUACAACUAUAUGUCACAGGAACACACCACCUGAUCAACUUCGUCACUUUAUAAAGUCAGCUGACAUUCUGGUGACUGCCACUGGCAUCCCUGGCCUAGUGACAGCAGACAUGGUGAAAGAUGGUGUGGUGGUCAUUGAUGUCGGCAUCACUCGGAUAUUAGAUAAGAACGGCAAAGCCAGACUUGUUGGUGAUGUAGAUUUUGCAGGUGUUUCUAAGAAGGCUAGCUAUAUCACUCCUGUUCCAGGUGGAGUUGGCCCUGUUACUGUUGCUAUGGUGAUCAAAAACACUCUGGCAGCAUACAAAAAUGAACUGGAUUAUGGACCCUGGAAUAAAUCAGUUCUUCCUAGCAGAUGAUGUGUUCUCUGUACUUAAUGUUUAUUUGUAUAAAAAAAAAUCUUAUAUAUACAAUUAAAAUAAAAUUAAUUUAUUUAUGAAAAUUUAGAUCAAAGGUCAAAUCAAAUGUUCAAAAUGUGCAUCCAAAUGUUAAUACACAUUUUAAUGAACUGUAUUUAUUUGGUUUCAUUUCAUAAAGGUUAUUAAUCUCAUUGAUUGAAUCCCUAUUUAUUACCAUUAUGCUUUUAAGAUUAGUAAAUAUAAAUUAUUUAUGAUGAAAAGUUCUUUGUCCUUUUAAAAAAAACAUGAUUAAAAAAAAAUCACUCUUGAUGAUAUUCAUGACAGUGUUACUGUUUAAUAUAAAUAGUUCGUCCAUCGUAGUUCGAUGAUGACCUCUUUGUCAUCCAGAGGGCUGAGGGCUUUGCACUGGGGUUUUAUGUCUCCUCGUGUGGCCGGUGAGACCUAUGUGAACCCAGAAUGUUCGGCUGCACACUGUGCAGGUUAUUCCAGCUGGAGCUGGUGUCAUUGGCCUUGAUUUUCUUUUCUGGCGCUUCUCUUUUCCAUGAUGCUCUGUCAUGUGCCUCUGUCUCCCAGGUGGAUGGGUUUAUGCUGAACGCUUUCAGAGAAGCUUUGAGGGUGUCCCUGAAGCGUUUUCUUUGACCACCUUGCGAGCACUUUCCUUCGCUUGAUUGGUCAUACAAGAGUCAUUUAGGGAUGCUGGGGUCUUCCAUUCUGCAGACAUGUCCUGCCCAUUGCAGCUGGGACUGCAUGAGGAUUGUGUGGAUGCUUUGCAGACCAGCUCUUCGAAGGACUUCAGUAUCUGGUAUUUUGUCUUGCCAUUUGACAUUCAGUGUUUUUCUUAGACAUGUCAUGUGGAAGAGGUUCAGUUCCUUUGCAUUUUUUUCUGUAUACUGUCCACGUUUCUGAGGCAUAGAGCAAUGUAGGGAGGAUAACAGCUUGAUAGAUUCGUAAGCUUUGUGUUUGUGGUGUCCAGACAAACUGUUUCAUACACAUCAUAACAAUGUAGCUAGAUCAACUUUUGCUUGUAAUAUUCAAAACACUUGGAUUAAUGCACUCUCAAAUCACUAAAUGGUUCUAUCAUUAUGAUUGUUUGAAAAAAAUAUAUAUAUUUGAACCUGUUGCUGUCAUCUGAAAAAUAAAAAAGGUUACGGAAUUGCCGAUGUUUUUAUGAUAUGUAUACAGACAGAAAACUGGCAAAUUGUUUUAUUUCAUGAAUCCAUCAUUGUAGAUAUUGUAUAGGAGAUAAAUGUUUUUUUUAAAUGUUAAUUUCUCUGAUCAUUGUGUGUGUUUGGUAUCUAUUGCACUUACAUCCCACCAUACACACAAAAAUAAUUCAUCUUUAACCUUUAAUUGUUGUGUAGCUAAAAUUGCCCAUUUCAAUUAAUGGAUAAAAUAACGGAAUAGUCAUUAGGUCAUUCCAAUCCAUAAGAAUGACUGACCACAUUUAUUGGCUAACAGUGACUCUUUUUUUUCCCCAUAAUUUAUUUUAUUUCAAAAUAUUUUAAGAAAGUGUGUCUCUUAUAAGUAAACUUUUUCAAGUAAAUGAAUUGUUGGCUCAUUUUGUGUAGAGAAAUGUUUAUUAACAAAUCAAUUAACACAGUUGUGUUUUAUUUAAAAUAUUCAGACCAUGCAGAUGAUGUAAAGAUUAUCUGUUUCUGUGCCCACAGUUAAUGAGGGUCUCAUGUGGCCAGCAAAAAGACCAACCGCCUUAAUUUUUCCCCAACAAAUCAGGUGCCCAUUAGAGCUGAGUGGACUCAUAGGCGCACUAAAAAUCACAGUCUUCACCAGGAUUUAAACUCAGUACUCCCUGUUUGAAUGCAAAGCGCUUUACCACUCAUCCACUUCGCCUGCAAUGUUUAAUUGGUUAUACAAUAAUUGUUGAUCUAGACAAUGUUGUUUUUGUUAAAAUAAAUAAAAUUACAUUACAUUUUUUUUUUGUUUUUAAUGACUA